AUGUACAUAAAGGCUGAAAAGGUCACCAAUGACCACCAGACACGUCACGACAAACUCCGACCAACGCUCAAUCUGAUGGCCCGCAGGGCACAGACGAACAACCUGUCGUCGAUCAACUCGCUGAACUUCCUGCACAAGCCGCAGAGGGUGUCGCACCUGAAGACGAACCUGUUCCCCGAAGAGGAGAUCGUCAAGAACACGAAUCUGAACAAGCGGCUGGAUUCGUCGCCUAGCAGCCCCACCGGCACGCGGGACGAUGCCGGGGCGUACGACGAGCAGCUGGCGUUCGCGCCCGUGUACAAGAAGUCCGGCGAGCUCGUCAAGAGCUCGCUGAAAAGACGGUCAAAGUCGCUGCCCACCUCGCCGUACGUCGGGAGCGAGAACAGGAGCCUCGCGGCGGCCGCGAGGCCUCCGGGGCUGCAGCGCAGCAAGAGCGUGCAUUUCGACCACAAGACGCCGGUCAAGUACUUCUGCGAGGACGAGAGCCCGAUCGACGUGAGCUCGCACUCGGAGAAAACCGAGGACAUCAGCUACCAGCACAAGCCCGUCAAGAGCAUCUACGACAGCGGGCUCGACGACGCGGAAGACGAGUUCCUGUCGAUGGGCAUCGACCGUCUGCGGCUGCAGCCGCCCGCGGCGGGCGACGGGCCCGCGGCGCGGGCCCCGAGCUCGCUGCGCAAGAGCAAGCGGUUCAGCCAGCUGCUCAAGACGAGCUCCGCGGCGGCGGCGCCGGCCCAGGCCCCCGCACCCAGCCCCGACAACCGCAUAGUCGGCCUCUACAGCCGCAACUUCCCGAUCCUCAGCAACAAGAACCCAAAGGCAUUGAAACUCAACAUAUUCAUUAACCUGUCACGUGACAAAAAGUGCUUCCUCCAGGACCUCACGCUGUGCGCCCGCAAGGGCAGCACGGCGGACCGUGUGAUCGCAGGCCGCAUUCUGGUCAAGAACAUCUUCUACGACAAGCGUGUCGUCGUGCGGUACACCUGGGACCAGUGGCGCACCGCGCACGACGUCGAGAGCGUCUACGUGAGCGACGGCGAUGCGAUCCUCCCGGGCACCAACAUGGACCUCUUCCACUUCCGCAUCGACGACCUGCCGCACGAGCACCCACACGCGCAUCUCGAGUUCUGCAUCCACUACGUCGUGCGCAACGACCGCGUCCGCCAGGAGUACUGGGACAACAAUGACGCACAAAAUUACAAGGUCGACUGCGUGUUUGAGGGAUUCCACAAUCCGUUCACGUGA